UAAAGAUUAUUUAACGGAUCUUUACGAAUAGUUUAAGUUUAUUUGCUUGUUAUUGUAAAGCAGGAAUUAAGAUACACCUAAUCGUAUAUAAUAUAUUUGUCUUGGUGCUUUUUGUCUGCACAAAGUGACAUGUUGUCACAUAGUACCAUCGUUGGUUUUGCGUGACGACGUCAAUAUUUUAAACUCUCUAUUGAAAUUUAAAAUGAGAGAGACACGUCAUUUGUGGAUAGGAAACUUACCACCAAAUUCAAGAGAGGAUAGAAUUUACGAUUAUUUCAAAAGAUAUGGAAGAAUUGAUAAAGUGAAGUUUCUUUCCAAGAGAGGGAGUGAUGGAAACCCUUGCGCCAUAGUUGCUUUUGUUGACAUAAGAUCAGCGCAGAAAGCUCACAAUUCUGUGAACAGAUUUGAUGAAUGUGUGCUGCAAACUAACUACAGUGAGUCUGCUGCCAUGGGAUCGGCUGGAAGCCGGAAGAAUGAUCCGUCCCCAUCUCAUCAUCACAGAUCUCAUCCAACUGUUCGAACAGACUCCAGAGGUUAUGACAGUGUGGAGAGAGCACACAGCGGUGACCGACACCGUCCAUAUCCGCAACCUCAAGAUGCAAGGCUCGAGUUACAUUCUGAUAUGAAAAUGUCACAAAAAGUGCACCGAGAUUCAAGGGGUUAUGAUUCUGGAUCAAACUUUUCAAAUGCUAAAGAAGGAAGAAAAGGCAGCGGUGGUAAAGUUGAGAAACCAGCGAAGAAGAAAUUGAAGAAAAGUUUAGAUGAAAAGAAACAAAAAAAAACAAAGGAACGUGGUCGAUCACCAACAGUUAAACGGAAAUCCGGUGGCAAGAAGUUAACCAAACGUAGUUCUGAUGAUGAAGUCGGAUCUACAUCAACAUACAGCAGUGAUAGUUCAUCUGCUUCUUCCAAUUCUUCAUCUGCAACUUCAUCACGAUCAAACAGCUCUCGUACAUCAAGCUCACACUCAAGUAUAGAGAGUGAUUCAGAAGGUGGACAGAAGUUGGUAACAAUGAUAAUCAAGAAACUACCAACCAGACCAAGUGUGACAAGUUUACGUGACGGUAUCUACCACGAGUUCAAGAAAUGUGGCAAGGUCAAGUCAGUUGUGAUAAGAGGUGACACAAGCAAUAGACACGCCCUGGUUCUGUUUCGUAAUGCAUCUGAAGCACACAAGGGGGUAAGCCAUGCGAAAAGUAAACUGCUGUUUGGAGCUGCAAUAGAAGCUGCCAUAUAUGAAGGCGAAGUAAGUGGUAAAGAGCUUCAGGAAUGUGGAGGUAUUAUUGACGAGUUUCAUCCACGCUCAUCUCGUACGUUGUUUGUGGGAAAUCUCGAUAAAACCGUUGGUUACAGCGACAUCAAAAAUAUCUUUGUGCGAUUUGGUGAAAUAGUGGCGAUCGAAAUCAAGAAGCAAAACAACGUACCUCAGUAUGCAUUCCUACAGUACACUGACAUUGCUAGUGUUGUUAAGGCUAUUGGAAAAAUGGAUGGUGAAAGAUUGGGAAAAAACACACUUAAACUUGGUUUUGGUAAAACAGUGAUGUCAUCGUGUGUUUGGGUGGAAGGAGUUACUGACAGCUUCACAGAACAUUAUCUUGCUAGCUGCUUUCAAAAACAUGGUCCUGUGGAGCACGUGGUGAUUGAUCGUAAUCGUGGACAAGCGCUUGUGUUCUAUCAGAAAUAUGAACAUGCACAACAAGCAUUGAAUACAAUGCGUGGGAGAAAACUAAAUGGCAGCCGUCUUAAACUGGAUUAUGCCAGUCAGGAGUUGAUUGAACUGUUUUUAAACCACAUGCAGAAAUCAGGUCAAAGUGUGACGACCUUUGAGAGCAUCCGUCAUCUUCUUCUUCCUGCUCCCUCCACUGCUGGAUCAGCUCCUACUUCAACGCAUCCAGUUUCCAUGAGAUCCGGUGGAUCCAGCUCAUCAAGUCAUCCGUAUUCUUCAAAUGAUCAAUACUUCGAUGAUCCAAGCUCAUCGCGCUAUCCUCCUCGUGGAUACGAACCUCCGAGGGAGGGAUGGAGAUCAUGGGAGGAUAGGAGCAGGAGUCGACCAGCUUAUCAGGGACUUUCUCCAAGAGGAAGAAGAUAUGAGGAUGAUCAUCAUGAUCGUGGUGAAUACUUCCACCGCGAAGAUGAUUAUUUUCCAAGCACUGGUGCUGCAUAUGAUCAAGAUUAUCGAAAUCCGGAUUAUCUUCGAAGAGAGCACAGUAGAGAAUUUCGAGGUCCUCCAUUGCCAAGAGGAUACGAGGAUUAUCACAGGGAUGUAAAACCUCGGGAACGCAGAGAAAGAGACUCUUUACAUCAUUUAAGAUCUGGACAUAACUCACCAAUCCGAGUACCUCGCAGAAGUCGGAGUACAUCUCCAAGAUCUUCCGCAUCAAGUGGAAGAGGAAGGAUCAGAGAUGCGGAGGGGAAAGUUGAUGUCAGAUUACGUGAGGUGUCUGCUCCAAGAAACCGAAGUCCUCAUCGCUCACCAUGUGCAUGGGAGGGCAAGGGUUCAGGUUCUGAAUCCCGACCUUCAAGAAAGUACAGGGGUGAGCAUCGGUAUUCACCCUCACGUCAUUCCCCACCCGGGUACAGGAGACAAACUGAUGAAAGGAGAGUUGAAUUACGGGAGAUGAAAAGUUUACCAUCGAGCCCUCGAUCAUCAGUGAGGAGUAAAGUAGUUCAAGAUACAAGUAAACAUUCAAGCUCCAACGUAAUCCAAGGUUCACAAUGGAUGAACCAGGAUUCACGACCAUCCUCCCAACAUGGAGGAGGAUCGUGGUCACCAUCCUCCGAGUUUAACCGGAGCCGGAGCGAAACACCAACGAGGGAUGAAAACUUGGGUUCCAUUGGAGAAGUUAUCAUCAAACAACCUGCAGUUGGUUCGAAUAUAACAAGGACGAUAAAGCAGGACGUUGUGGUUUCAAAUGACAGUGAAGAAAAUUCAACUCCAAAAACUGAACAAGGUGGUAAAAAAGUGAAGUCACGAACUACGUCACAAACAUCAAGUGUGUUAUCGGAACGUGAGGAUUUGGAUUUACAUGAAUCGGAUUUAAAACAUGAAGAUAGAAAAGAGGGCAAGCAGUCAAAAAAAUAUAAAGUACAUACAGACUUGCAUAAAGGGAGUAGCGAACAUAAAGACUCUGAACGAAGUGUGAAACAAACUAAGAAGUUGCCGAAUUUAAAGUCGCAUCAUGUCACAUCACACAGCGAUAGUGACAGUGAUCCUAAAUCUAAAAGACAAAAACGAGAAAGUGUAAUCCCUAUUGAAGAAAAAACAACCAGAAACAAACAAAAACAAUUGGACAAAACUGUGAAACACAAAUCGGUGAAGUUGAUUAAACGCGAAUAUUCACCUUCAUCUGAUGUUCCAACUAUGUCAAUGAACGUUAAAGAUAAUACUAUUCGCCCAAGAUCAAAAUCAAAUGACUUACCUCCAUUAUAUAAUGAAGAUUCGUCAAAAGAAUAUCAAGAAAUAGACAUCAAGGACAGAGUUGGUAAAAACUCGGGAAAUAAAAAGAGGAGAUACUCGGAAUGUUUAAAAGAUUCAGAUGUAAAGCACGAAGGGGGUUCAAGUUAUGAAAUUAAAGAAUUCUCAACACAAAGUUCCAUCGAUGCAAAUCCAGAUCCUCACUCAUUCACCAAGAAACGAUCGCGUAAGACAAGUUUAAAACAUGAGGCACCUGCUUCAAUUGCAAGUCAGAGUUUUUUGGAGGAGGGCGAUGACGAUCUAUUGGAAGACAUUGAAACCAAAGAGCCAUCAUCUGAAUUCCCUUCAAAAUUUGUAGUCAAGGAAGAAGUAUUGGAAGUAGAAUUAAGUCCCACACCUGACGAAGGUGCUACUGAUAAAGAUGAGACAACAGAUGCUGAAAAAACUCCUGGUGAAGAUAAAGUGAGUGUUAAGCGUAACUCAUCUCGCUGGGAACCACUGACAGCAAAACCUGUUCCAUCACGAAAAGUUCGAAUGGCUCAACCUUUUAUUGCAAGUCUUUCCAAUCCAUUUGCUGAUGAUGGUGUUUCAACUUUGACCACAGAAGUCACUCAGAUACCAAAACAUGCUGUUUCAAAAGUUUCUAUUGUUCAAGACCAACCUGCACAACCGCAGAAAGGAACGAAUAAUCUAACUGAGCUUCAAAAGGAAAAAGAAAGACUGCAACAGUUGUUGACUAAACUAGAUACUGAGCAGUUGGGAGCUGCGGAAGCAAGUCAAGUUGCAGAUGUUGUUAUUUCAGAGAUAACGCAGAAGAUGAAGAAAGCAAAGAUGAAAAAGAUAAAACAUGAGCCGAAACAAGAAUCUCAAUCGACUUCUUUGUCAACUGAUGUUGACGUUCCUUCAAGUGAUCCUCAUAAAGUGGAUGAAGCAUCGGUUGAAGUGAUAACAGAGGAAAUACCUGUGGAUGUACAACCAGUGGAAGAAGAGGAGCAGAUUAUUGUGGAAGAAGUUUCUGAGGAGGUUGAGGUUGAUCCAAAAGAUGUAUCACCUGUUGCUGAUGCUAUGCCUGCAAAGGAAGCAACAGGUUUGAAAUAUGAAGAUGUGGAUUCAAGGCAAGGUUAUCGUAAGCAAAUGGAGGCUAAGUUAACGCAGAAGAGAAAACAAGAGCAAAAGCAUCUCAUGAAGAAGCAAAUAAAGGCUCUUGAAAAGCAGAAGAGAAGAGUGGAGAGGAUGCGAGGACCAAGUCAAACCAUUGUGUCAUCCAUGGAUGAUGAUAUUGAAGAUGAGAGUAAGAACUUGGAUGAUGAGGAUGAUCACGUGGAUGUUGUGCAUCAAGAUGAUUCUGCUACAUCACUAAAACAUAAGGACUUAAAUAAUGAAGCAUCACUAAUGGAUGUUGAAACUGAGGAGGAAGAAAAUGCAGUAAAGUUGAAUGAAGCUCCCACUGAAGAAAAAACAUUAACAAAUGUUGUGGAAAAGACAGUCCCACUUGUCAAAGAUAAGCAAAAUGUUAAUGAAGACAAUCCAAUGUUGGUAACAAAGAACCUUCCAUUGGGUGUAAAUGAAACAACACCUUCUCAACAUAAUGAAGAUGAAGGCAAACCGGAUGCAGUUGAUGUUGGUUCUAAUCAAAUAGAGCAACCAAACAAAUCGUCAAUAAUUCCAAAUGUUGAGGAAUUGAUAAAAAUGAAGAAGACUCCUCCCACUGUGUCUCCCUUCACUCCUAAGAGCACAUCAUCAGUUGGUCGUCAUUCAUCACAACGUAGCAGUUCCUCAUUGAACAACACUCCUUCACCCACCCCUGCUAAACUUUCAAAGUUAAAACCAGACUCACGUCAUCACCCGCAUGUUAAAAGAGAGAACUCUGGUUCUUCCUCAAGACAUCCUAGUAGUCGACAACAUCAUGAGAAACAUUCAACCAAUUUAAAGAAAAGAGUUGAAAACAAAGCAGCAAAUCAUGGUUCACGAAAUAAACAUAAACCUGAACCAAAGUUACUCACUAGUUUAACUGUGGGAGCAACCACUUGUACAUCUGAGCCACUGAGUAAAAAAGAGCUGGAAACACUGCGUGCCGAGCUUGAGACGAUGAAGAAUGAAUUAUCUCUUGAUAUGUCUCCAAGUUUCUUAUCCCAAUCAUCUGAUGAUGAAGCUAACAUUGAUAAACUUAAAAUGACAAGCCCAAUAUUGAAAAGUCCGACUUUGGAACAAGCUAAUCCAUUGAAUGUGGACAAGUCAUUUGGUAGAAGCACAAUCUCCCCUUCCCCCACUACAUCACCUGCCACUAGCAGUCUUACUGAGAGACUCAAACAUCUCGUUCGAGUGAAGAAAAAGGUUCGAUUGGAUGAUUCUGGAAUUGAUGUUGUGAAGGAAGGAGAGAAAGAAGAGAGAAAAAAGAUUGAAGCUCAACGAGAGAGUAAUUUCAGAAGUUGUCGGUUGUUAAGGUCCAGUAUAUUCGAACAAGAUUCAGCGCGACUCUCCCAUCUACAACGAAAUGCUGAGUUGUUCAACACUGUUACCACAGCCAUCGUUGAACCAAAGCCAUUCUUCUCAAACUUUAUUGACCCGAACGAUUUGGUUAUAAAUCGACCAUUAUUCAACACAUAUAAUGACAAAACAUCACAAAAUGUUGAAGCAAAUGUUCAAACGCCCGAACCGUCCCAAACCACUAUCCAAGAAGCGAGUCUUGCAAAAAACGCCUUUUCUCUCAGCAGUGAACCUGUAGUUCCGGCAUCUGCUGGGAGUAGCUUGGAAACCUUUGCCGGAAAUGCAGUUUCUUAUGUCGCUGCUAACCUAACCACCAAUGAUGAUGUUCAACAUCUACAACCAAACCUUGCUUCUAUCAGUGGCACGCUAGACACUGUUGCUAAAGGAGAAUCAGCUUCAAUUGAAAAAGAAAAACCUGAACCCAACCUCCCACAUGCAGAUCAUGCAGAAGAUUGUUCUUUGCAUCCAGAAGAUAAAUCUUUGGUUCCAGAAGAUAAAUCUUUAAAUGUGGCUGAAAUCAUCCCAGUUCUGGAUGUUGAUCAUGAGGAGCAAAAUGAGAUAAAAACGAUGCAAAAUAUAGUUGAUGAUCAAGAUCAAACAAGGGAGGUUGUAGAGGAAAAUAUUAAAAAAGAUGAAACAAAAGAAGUUGUGCCUGAUGCUCGUGAUGAGGAGAGCUUGUCUAAGGAUGUAAGUGAUCUUCUUCCUAUGACAGACGAGAGUAAAACUGAACAGUUGGAUAUGGUUGAACCAUCAUUGCAGGUCACUGAAAUCUCAUCAGUUUCCAUUGAUCAACCAAAUGUUGUAGAUGUUGCUAAUGUGGAAGUUCCUACAAGCAAAGAAGAGGAGAUUGUACAAACUGAUGCAGAUUCAACAAACCAACCUCCAGGUAUUUUGGAGACAAAUUUGGUUAAGAGUAAAAGUGAAGAUGAAGUGCAAGAUCAACCAUUUGUAAAACUGGUUGAAGAAGAUGAGAAAAUAAUAUCACAAAACCCUCAUGAGAUAGAAGAUGUUGUUAUCGAGAAUAAUAAUAUUAUUUCAACUGAAGUUGUAACAUCAGAUGAUCUGCAUCAAGCAAGUGACACCAAUGUUAUUGAUAUGGAGAUCUCUUCAACGAUUGAUGAAGAUCUAAGCCAAGAAGUUGUUGUAACUGUGUCUACAGUAAAGGAGGAUCCCAAGGUUGAAGCUGCUGAAGUAAAGGCCAUACAGGUAAAAGAUGAGAGUAGUUGGGAUUCUGUUGAUACUAAAGUUCCUGUGGAGAAGGUGGAGAUAAAAGGUGUUGAACAUCAGAGCAAAGCUGUUGAGCAUGAAGCCAGCUUGGAGUCGCCAAUUUGUCAAACUCAAAUAAAAACUGUGCCGAGCAAAAUAAAGUCGAGUGUCAAAAAAGUGGAUUCUUCAUUCAAAACUUCUAUAGAUAAAUCGGAGAAGAAGAUGAAAGAUAAGAUGCUUGGUGAUAAGGACAAGAAGCAUAAAAAGUUAAAGAAGAUACCAAAAAAGGUUCACAAAGACUCAAAAUCUGAUGUGAAGACACAUCAACCGGAUAAAGAGAGUGAUAAGAAUGUGGAAAAGAAGUUUAGUGAAAAAAAUAUUUUAAAAACAGAUAAAAUGAAAUCUUUAUCUGAUUCUGCAAAACUUACAAAACAUGAAGGGAAAGCUGUGGAAAAAAAUCUUAAGUUAGAAACUACAGUGACUGCUGAUGAAGCAAGUAAAACUAUCAAGACAGGCACAGAUGGGAAAUCCAGUAAAGCAUCAAAUGUUGUGGAAACCAAAGUGGAAAAGGUUAAAAGUGAAAUAAAACAGUCUCAGCUGCAGAAGCCAUUACUGAGUGAGAAAAAGGGCAAGUCGAAACUUCUGAGUUCGGAUAAAAAGAAAAUCUUGGAUUUGAAGCAAAAAUCGGACAUCAAAUCUCAAUCGUCGCAAAAGAAACGUGAUGAUGGUCGUGUAGAUAAAGAAAAGAAAUCUUCCAAGUCUUUUAGCAAGACGCAUUCAGAUGUAAAGAAAGUUGAUGAAUCAAACAUUAAACAAGACAAACAUGAAUCAAAAAGUGAAUCUCACCAUGUUCGCUCUGAUGAUAAAGUUAAGUUGAAAUCUAAACAUUUCAAGUCAAGUUAUGAUAAUGAUCAACCUGCAAAGAAAAAGGCAAAGGUCGAGAGCUCCAGUAAGAAAGAAGUUCCCAAGAAGCAAAAAUCAAGAGGACUUUCUUAUUCUUCAGAUGAGAAUUCUGAAUUAGCACAAAGAUCCAAACAAGAGGCAAAACCUACGAAGCAACGGCUAGAGAAACGAGUUUCAAGUUUUCUGCAAGAUACGGUGGAGAGAGCAAUGGAAAAUCCAUCACAAGCUCCAACCUGGAGCAGCAACGUAGAACGAAAACAAAAAGCUGAACGAACACGUGUUGAGGGGAAAAUCGGGAUGAGAUAUUCUGAAGAUUCAGAUUCAAGCGAUAAUUAUGACAGUUUCAUUUCACAAAUGAGUGGUGGCAAAUCUGAUGCUACCAAACAAAGGAAUGAACAACAUAAGAGUGGUCACAUUUAUACUUCAAGUGAAGAUUCAUCUGAUGAUAGUGAUUCUUCUGCUGAUGUCAAACCAACUGUUGUGAAACAACCCGUUCAUACUACAGAUAAAAGUAAACACCAGAAAAAAGCAGUGAUCAAACCACAGAAGGAGCAAAGUAAAGUAGUGAAGAAACUAAAGAAGGGACCAGAUACACACUCUAAAGCUACUGUGGUUAAAAAAGGUUCAUCAUCGAAAUCUGAACUAAAAAAGAAGAUGAAACCAAAAGAAGGGAAGAUUUUAAAGAAACCUAAACAAGAAAUCGAAAGUUCUGAAUUUUCCACUUCUGAAGAUGAACGACCAACAGUUAAGUCGAAAAAAGUAAAAUCGAAAUCUGAGGCGAGUCUAGAUCACAGUGAAGGGAGCAAAACUGUGGACAAACCAAGUAAACCAUCACCAAACCAUGGUCACUCGGCUAAAUUUAGUUCUGAAGUCACGAAGACAAAAGAUGAGUUUAGGGAGAAGUCUGAUAACAAACGAAGAUACAGCUCUUCUUCUGUUGAUUCCUUGGAUUAUCCUCGUCCUCUUUCUUCCUCCUACCUCACAACUGAGACCAUCAAAGAUGAAACUCUUUUGCCACCGGACUACAUGAGCAAGUUACCCUCGUUAAAUGAUCCAGAGAAGAGAGGGAAAUCAGAGCAAAGUUUAAAAUAUGGAGAUGCUAUUAAAAAACAACAUAAAGAAGCUCCUAUAUACACCUCGAGUAGUUCUUCGGAUUCUGAACUUGAUGGUUACCAGCCAUCAAAGUCAGAACCAAACCAACUUGUCAAUAAGGAAGAAAGAUCAUUACUGUUGGGUAAUUCUUCCUCCGACUCGGACAUGGAUGAUGAUAUCUUUAUGAAAAUUGCGGGAGAUGUCUUAAAGGAGCAACAUCCUUCAUCUGAGAACAAACCACAGAAAACAGAGCAUCACAAGAUUACUCACUCGGUCAAAGAGGAUACUCACUCAAACAAACCGUCACCAAAGCAGCCACAUCUUGAUACAACAUCAUUUUCAAAGUCAAGUGUGAAGUCUGAAACUAUAAAAGAUUCAAACACACCAAAGUCAUCGGAUAAAAUUGAUUCAAUGAAAUCCAAACCCACAUCCAGUGAUAGUAAACAUCUCACUUCUUCUUCUGAACAUAAAGUUGACAAAAAAAUUAAAUCUGGUCAGAAAUCAAAAUCCAUCGAAUCAUCCUGUAAGGAUGUGUCGAGGUCAGAUGACAAGAAACACACGAAAAGCAGUCACGAUAAAUCUACUGAUAAAUAUACAAAAUCAAAACAUGGUGACAAGUUGAAAGCAUCUGGUGAUGGGAAGAAGUCACAGGGAUUUAAACAUGAAAAGAUAAUUAAACAAUCUUCUAAAGACAUUGGUCAGAAGACGAAUAAACUAAAGAUGUCGCAAGAUGAAAAGGUUAAGGACAGUGGUUCACCACGGCGUAUCAAACAUGAAGGUGAACAACCUAAACUAAGCUCUUCCACCCCUAAGCUGAAACAACAUUCAAAAUCGAAAGAAGCCGUCAAAGACGACCAACAAGGUCAUGAUAGUCACGCUGACAAUUCAGACAAAGGAGGAAAAAUAUCUUCCAAGCAUCCCAAGCAACCACAUGAUCAACCACCAGCUGGAAAACCUCACAAACGCAGAGAAUCGGAGAAACAUAAGAAACAUGAUCGAUUUCCCAAGUCUGCAACCUCAAAACCUGAACCACAAAGGUCAUUUAAGUCUGAAAAAUUUACUUCCAAAACAACCUUGCAUAAGCAAAACAGUUCCAAGACAAUCUUACAUGAAAAGAAAAAGGAAACAGUUGCUCAAAACCCUCAGGAAGUUUCAGAUUCUGAUUUUGCAAUGCCUGGUAUGAGUUUCUUCCGCAGCGAUAGUUCAGGUGAUGAUGAAGUGAAGAAAUCUUCCUCGAGCAAAACUCUUCAUCCUGCUGAUGCGAAACAGAGAGAAGAACGAAAGCAAUCUCCUCAAGUUUUCGUAAAACCGAGUAACAAGGUUCCACAAUCACCAUCUAAGAAACAGCCACCUUUUUAUUCUCCAUCACAUUCUUAUGAGAAGAGUCAUGAAUCUGAGAAACCAAGUAGCACCAAAUCACAUGAGCAGCUCCUCACUAAAGAUGAUGGUGAUGAAGAUAAGUUAAUGAUUGAUCUUGAUCAAGAUUUAGGAGCGGCAACUUCAAAAACUGAUAAAUCUGUAGCAUCUUCCAAUUCCGAGCCUGAGGAACCGAAAAAGAAAUUUAAGUCACAUGAUUUAAAAUCAGAGUCGGUACCAAAACAAAAAAUGGAUCCCUUGUACAGACGCUCGAGCACAGAGUCCAGUGAUAAGAGUCCAAGACAUCGAAUGUCAUCGUUUGAACAGUAUCAGUCAGAUCAUGAGCGUCGGCUUGAAACUCUCGAGCAUUUAAAGUUAUCGCGGCAACGAGAUGAAGAAGCUGUGAGAUCAAUCAUGGGAGACGAGGGUUCGGGUUAUUUAUCAGCAAGUAGCUGCGAGGUAGAUUUCUUUGGCAACCCGGUAAAAAGUGUGAAAGAAAUUCCUCCUCCAGAUCCCAUGCUUGAAAUCUUGCCAAGCCAGUUUUCACCAGAGAAAUCACCAGUAAAGAGGUUUGCUGAAGAAGAAGAAAAUAAUUUAAAAAGUUCAAAAACUUUGUUUUCUGCUGAAUCUGACACCUCCUCAUCCAAGGAAGAAAAUAAGCCUGCUAAAGAUGUUUCUCUAGAACCUCGAAGUACAGCUGAAGAAAUAGAACUUGCUGCCGCUGUGAGUUCUAUUGAGUUUGGAUUUGGUGAUUUUGGUGGUAACCAAAGCACUGAAACAACUACAAAGAAAUCUUCCUUUGAAAACACAUACGAGGAUAAAGAAGAGGAAAAAGCCUCUUCGGAGGUAAAUCGAUCUUUACUUGAUGUUGGGAACAAUGAGGCAGCGAUGGCAGCAUCAGCGCUGCUCAUGGAAUCCAACACAGAUUUUUACAAACCUGUGGCACCAGAACCUUCCAUGGUGGAUGCGAAAAAGUCGGAGCAAAAACCUUCUCCAAGAAAAUCUUCAGUCCAGUCCUCUAAAAACUCCACUGGUUCAUCAGCCAAGCGUGAAAAACGUCCUCCACACGCUACUAAGAUAUCAAGUCCAUUGAAAGGAAAAAGUGAAGAGAAAAAACAUGCAGAGAUUCCUGUACAUGGCAAGGAAUCAAAGCAUGAUGCAGCAAAACAGCCUGAUGAUGAAUGCAACUUAAUUCUACCAUCAAUCACGGGAUGGUCAUCACCAUCACCAGCUCGUGAUCGUGAAGAACAUCCUCCUGCUUCUAAGAAGAAACCUCGUGUCUCAAAAUCAAAAAAUGUCUUAAAACGAGAGCAUAAGGAUAAGAAUGUAGAAGUUGGUCUUGCAACUUUAAAGCCGCCACCUCAGAACAUGGAACCAUCUGUAGUUGAAACAGUUUCCACAACAUCAAGCCCAGCACGACCAUUUAUCAGAUCACCAAGCGCAUUAUUACAUAACACUGCUGAUGUAAAGAUACCAACCACACCUGACAAUAAACCUGAAAAGUUGUUGAUCAACCAACCGAAACACACAUCAGCUGUGAUUUCCCUCAACAUAACUUCAACAACAACAACAACAACCAGUGCAACAACCAUCCACACACCUCGUCCGUUUGUUGCCAUAUCAACCAACAACACACAAUAUGGUGAGUCAAAUAUUUCAACAAUUAUUUUCCCUGUUUUACAAUAGCAAGGU